CUCCCCCUGCCAACUCCCCCAAACUCAGAGCUCCUCCUCUUCAGAAAAGACACAUUUCCUGAUGUCAUUACUAAAUCAAAAUGCUGCUCGGCAAACAGAUGUUGUGAGAGGCCCGACAUGUGGAUUCGGUGACAUAAAUUAACAAGUUGGUCGUGAGAAAACAUAAAGCAUCAACUUCAGUGUUCACUCAUCUAAUGAAACCACCUCUCUCACACUGCUCUUUAAAGUGGUGAGUGAUGAGAAUGUACCUCAGCUGUAGCUCACUCACAAGAUCCUUAUGUCAUAAAAAAACACAAGUUUCCCACACUUGUGGUGAAAUAAACAGUGCAUUCUUUUUACAUGUGUGUUUGAAGAUAGCUGGCCUUUGAAACAGCUGGUUAGCUCUGACUAAUUACUUCUUGCACGUUUGUUCAAAUUAGCCUGAAUAUGAAAUCAUGGCUGUCUGCAAAGCACACCCUGCAGAGUCAUGAUUACAUCCACCCCAAAACGCUGAGCCCUAAAUGUUUACUUAUGUUUCCUAUUUGGCAGAGGCAGCCCAAAAGGCAAAUAAAUCACAUGCUGUGAGCCGGCCAGGCCUUCAACUGUGAGAAACUGAGACUAAAAAGCAGAACAAGAGUUAAAGAGUAAAGGGUUUUCAGAUGUGAGUCCAGCCCAGCUUGGGUGUGCUCCCUUUUAUUUAGCAGAAUGGAGAGGACAAUCUCUGUUGCCUCCACCCCUUUAAAAAAGGAAGAAAAUCCCAAAGAAACGUGUGUUGGAAAGAGGAAGAGCUGCUGCCAAGGCGCAGGGCCGUCAGACAGAUCUACGGAGAACAUCUGCUAACCGCGGGUAACACUGUUUGGACAUCUGGUAACCGAAGGUUACACUGCGUCUCUUCCAUCCUGUCGCGUUUCCUGUUAUGCCUUGCUGUACACAGUCUAAAAAGUUGAGUUUUAAUAUAGUACAUGGUGAUCAGUCGGGAAAAACGCACCUUUAUUCAUUUUCUUCUGACAUGAAGGGAGCACUUGGUUUCAUUGGGGUAUUCCUCUCCUUUCUCUCCGAUGCCACUUAUGGAGGGCCUACUUUGCCAUUUACUCAUGCAGCCUGUGGGAAUAACUCUCAAAACUGUGGGGAAUAUUGCAGCAUCUGUUCUGUAUAUGAAGGAACAAUAAUGGAUUGCCUUUCUUUACUCUUUGAGCAUCUCUGUCUGGUCAAUUUUAGGAAUACCAUGGCAUCCCUGAACGACACUGACUGGUGCAUUUGGGGUAAUGUGAGGGGCUUGUAUAGUAACCUGAGCCUGUGCACUGAGCAGAUAUCGGACUGUCUCCUGAUCCCAUGGCCCAACCCUCUGGUCGAAGAGACAUUUGUGAAUAUUCACUCCAAGUUUUUCAAGGCUUGUCCCUCAGAGGAGCUAAGUGACCCACCACCAGCCAUCGUCUUUGCCCUGGUGAUAACUCCCAUCUGCUUGAUCCCUGUCAUGGUUAGCCUUGUGGUGCUCAAGACCAAGAAUGGGGACGGCAGCUCCUAAAUAUCCUAAAUCUGUGCUCCGCUCAAAAUCACAAAGAAUAUUGUGCUUUUGACCUUUGCUCUACUUCAUAUCCCAACCUGAGGACUACAGCUUGAUCAUACAUGCACUGUGCUGGACUUUUACUUCAACAGUGACUUGUUCAGAGGACAGAAUCUUUCUGACAAGUUUACCUGCAGCUUCACAGUUAGACAUUUCUCGAAUUAAGCCACAAAGGACACCUAAUGCCAAGAUGACGCGAUUCACAGUAAAUUAUGUUCCUGAUGCUAGCAGACAAAAUCUAUACUUUUAUAAAUGACUGUACCAUACUGUGAAAAAUGUUCAUUUUCUUUUGUUUUCUGACUUGACAUUUGAACAUAUUAAUACUGGUCACAUUCCAUUUAUACACUCUGUUGAGAAAACAAGGCUUGAUUUUAACGGAGAACCUAGUAUUCAGGAUUAUGAUAACAAAAGCUUUAGAGCGAAAGCAAAAGCAAAGACACCAUAUAUUUGUGCCGACGCUCCUCAUUAUAUUGGACAGCAGUUGUGUCUAUAAAAGACAAUGUAAUUUUUAUUACUGAACUCUAGGCCUUCUUAUGUAAUUAUUAUUUUUUACUUCUUCUUUGAGCACACUUAUUAGACAAAGUACAGCUUGUAUGCAGAUGACAUGUACAACUAUUUCAAGUCUCAAAAUGGAUAUUUACAUAGAAAUACGUGUGCAUGUGUGAUGAAUGAAAAAGAUCCUGUAAAUGUGCAAAAAGAGGACAGAAACCCAGUGCGUCCAGUCCGAUGCAUGGAUCUGGUUAUGUGAGUCAUAGCGUGUGUAACGUUCGGGAUCAGAGGUCACAGAUGGGACACAAUGAGUGGGUACGCCCAGAAAAAGAGAUAUCUUCCUGCUAUUGUCUAUUUUUUGAACUAUAACAAAUCCUGUAGCACUUUCCCCCGUCCAACCCUCAAAAACCCCUCUCGAUCGCACGAUAAGCUAAUUGAUGAAAAGUUUAUCUGAAAUCACCAGACAAAAAGACUUUCAAAUAGUCUGUGCAGCGAUAAACACUGAGCAGCGACAAGAGGAUAAAAUUCUUAUCUCUCGCCUGACUAAUGUGGUUGUGCAUUGUUCAUUUGUGAAAGACGAUAAAGCCAUUGUAAGGGCUUUCAGAGAGUGAACUAAAUGUGUAUUUAUAUACUGUGUGAUACUGAUGCAAUUAUCAGGACUCUGAAGACUCCCUUCUGAGGGAGCAGAGUCUGCCUGCUCUCAAACAAAGAGUACUGUAUGUAUGAUGAUCAACUUUUUAAACAUUUCAAACAAUUAAAUCUACAGUUCUUA